AGAAUAGUGCGCGAAGUCUUUUUUGUCGUUACUUUGUUUGUCCUACAAAGUCGAUGAAUGGUUCUGUGUAGGUCAUCUAAUUGAUUGGUACGAAAGGGUGUGUUGUUGUCGUUAUUUCACAUGAUGCCUCUAAGUCACUUAUUUUCUUAGUAAUUGGCUACGUGUUGUAAAUUUUUUAUGAUAUAUCUGAGCAGAAGGAAAAUUUCCUCUCCAAGCCUCGUUUGUAACACUACAUGAGCUCUGAGUCUUCCAAUUCAAAUCGCUAUUUUGGGAAAAGUUUGGGGUCUUUUGGGUGGAUUUUGGGUUUUUUCCCUAAUUCGUGAAAAGUUAGUCUCUGAAUUCUUGUUACAGCAUUAAACCUGCUACUCAAAGUUAUUUUCGCUCCAAUUACAUGCAGCUUUCUCCGUUUUCAAUCAACAAUUUCUUUGUAAUUUUGCGACAGAUAACAUCAACUUCAGCUCAUAACAACAGUAACGCGUUUACAAAUUUCAUUCACUCGAGAUAUCGUGAGGUCAAGUCCGCAAAACCGGAGCUAUCAAAUUAUGAUGUGAUCAGAAAGUUAGCACAGUUGUACAAAUCACUUCCAGUUGAAGAGGUAGAAAAGUUAAAAUUAGAAGCGAAAGAACAUCAAUCUCAUGUCAAAAAAGCGACCAAGUUUGCUUAUCGUAAUGGAAUGCCAAAAAGUCCACCAAACUCUGGACUCAAAGUUUUCAUGAGAGAAAAACUAAAGGAUUCUAAGGGUACACCAGUGUCUCAAAUGCGAAAUGACUUUAAAGAUACUGUAAAACAAUGGAUGUCGCUGCCUGAAUCUGAUCAACUGGAGUAUAAUAACAUUGCAAAAGAUCUAAAAAAUGAUUAUGAAACUAAACUUAAAGAAUGGGCUACAAAAAAUAAUAUUCAAUAUACAAAACGUAUAUCAAUACUGGCUGAUAGAUUCUAUAGAGCAUAUUACCCAAAAUAAAGAAUUCAUUAAUUAGUAAAUGAAGACAGAGAUGAAUGAGAUUACUGCAAAAUGUAAUACUUUUACUACUUCCACUAGUGUGGUUUUCUUUGUGGUUUUAAAUUCUGAAAAGCCGAUAAACCAACCAAUGGUAGUAAUCAGUUUUUGUGGAAAUUAUUAUUGUCAUUUAUAUAUCGGUUUAUUGAAUCUUUUAGUAAUGUGUAGCCUAUUUCUUGUUACUACUCAUCUAUUUCAAGAGUAUUUUUUCUCUCGUUUUUUUCUUCGCAUCGUUACUCGUUAGAUUGUUUUCUUCUUUUUUUUUCUUUUCUGUUUUUGUUAAACUACUAAAUGAUGUUAAAAAAUUUUCUGUAUUCAUCUGUCAUAAAUGUGUAAUCACUAAUUAUUGGUUUGCUCGUUA